AUCAAAAAGUAAAUAUAAGCUGCUAUCUGUUAUCACAAGAAGUUUAUUUUUGUAUGUAACUGGCAAAUUUUUUCACCUUUGAUUUUUGAAGUUUGAAGUUAGAUAUGAUUACAGAAUUUAAGUAAAUAUUCUCUGCUCCAAGUAAGUCAGAUAAAAUAAAUGACAGUUUCAUCAAGUUCAACGUUCCUGCUUCAUGUAUCAGAGAAGAAGUGAGAGUGUGCCCAACAGAGCUGAUCCUUGAUAGCGCAAAGUGUGGACUGGCGAUCUUAGCUCCUCACUGUUUUCUGUCUGAUUUCACGAAGGAUGUGGCCAAAUGCUGCCUCUAUUCAGCCCCUAACAAGCAGAUUGAAAAGAAUCAGAUGGAUGAACUCUGUUUCAAACUCAAAAGUUCGGUACGAUCCUACGCCAAUUGAGCAUAUCAUGAACAUCCUUACUCAUGGGUUGGUAAUAGUACCUAGUAUUUAUGGAGGAAUUGUAUUGGUUCAGCAGUCGCAAAAUUUCAGGCAGAUUUUCGCAGCUGUUAUUUACGGAAUCUCACUGGUUUUUAUAUUCACGAUGUCCACACUUUUUCACUUGACUGCAUACUUCAACUAUGACAAAAAAGUGAAAGAUUUUUUUCACCGAGGAGAUAGAGCAAUGAUAUAUAUAUUCAUUGCAGCCUCAUACUUUCCAUGGCUCAUAUUAAGUCCUGCUAUUCGAACGAAUGAAAUAACUCUGCAUUUCUGGUGGAUAGUAUGGUUGUUUGCUGUUGUAGGUGUUAUUUAUCAACAGAUAUUCCAUGAAAAAUACAAGAGACUGGAAACCUUAUUGUAUGUGCUUUCUGGACUACUUCCAGCAAUACCAAUUGUUCGAGCGGUGAGAAUUGCUGGUUUGGAAGAAUUGAAACUUGGAGGUGUCCUGUACCUUUUUGGCGUCUUUUUUUUCAAAAGUGACGGUAAGAUUCCUUGUGCGCAUGCAAUUUGGCACACAUUCGUCGCAUUUGCUGCUGCUGUUCACUUCUUUGCUGUCUAUCAUUAUCUCUAUCUUGUCGCAGAAACUUGAUUAUUCUUAGAAUUUCUUAUUAGAAAAGCUCAAAAACUUUCUGUCUGUGAUACCUAUCAUUAAGUUUCAUGUUGUUUUACCUCAGAUUUUUAUCAAAAUAUCUUUUUCCAUCUAGUCAUCAUAGGGCAGACUAUUAUAUUUUAGUGUUUUAUCAGUUAGUCAAUUUAGCAGGUUUUUUAUUUUGAGCUCCCAUAAUUGAAAAAUGUCAUGGAUUAAAGCGCUCAUUUGCAUUAUCCUGCUUUCAUUGAACUCUAUGUACUGCAACAGGUUGACAAAUUAGAAAAGAGCAUGUGGGCUUAAUAAUUC